AUGACUACCACCGGUGACCAUGAGUAUGAUCGAGCGACGGCGAUAAAGCGAUUCGAUGAGUCCAAGAUCGGAGUUAAAGGCCUUGUAGACUCCGGCGCCACCACCAUCCCUCCUUUCUUCAUCCACCCACCCGAAACCCUCCCCAUUUCUACCCCCUCCACCACUCCUUCCGUCUCCGAUCUAAUCCCCGUCGUCGAUAUUACCGGCUUCGAUUCCGACCGUCGAUCUCGCAUUGUGAAACAAAUCCGUGAUGCGUCUACGGAGUUCGGAUUCUUCCAGGUCAUCAACCAUGGCGUCCCUUCAGACGUUAUCAACAGCACGAUCGACGCCAUCAAAGCCUUCAACGAGCAGCCAAUGGAGGUAAAGUCUCAGUACUAUACUCGGGACUUGGGUCGCGGCGUGUCCUUCGCCACCAAUUUCGAUCUAUAUCAGUCCAAGGCCGCCAGCUGGAGAGAUACGAUUCAUGUGUCGUUCAGCCCAACCUCACCCGAGAUCGAGCUUAUUCCGGAGAUAUUCCGGAGAGAGGUCCUGGAGUGGGAUCAACACACGAAGCGGUUGGGAGAGGUUCUGAUGGAGAUCCUGUCGGAAGGGUUGGGUGUGAAGAAAGAGAGGUUGAAGGAGCUAUCGUGUUUGGAAGGGAGGGUGAUGGCGGCACAUUACUUCCCCUACUGCCCUCAAUCUGAUCUAACGUUGGGAGUUACGUCUCACACUGAUCCGGGAGUGUUGACUGUGCUGCUGCAGAACCAUAUCGGAGGGUUGCAGGUGAAUCACGGUGAUGAGUGGUUGGAUGUGACACCUGUGGAUGAUGCUCUUGUCAUUAACAUCGGCGACAUUUUUCAGGUAUGA